UGAUGAUACCUGCUCAGAUCUUCAGCUUCCUGCCCCGGAGACCCCAGGUGACAAGCAUCAACAAAGGUGACACAGCAACCACUGUUCCUAGGGAGACGAUGUCUUCAGAUAACCAGUGGUCAGCAGAUGAAGAUGAAAGCCAAUUGUCCCGACUGGUCAGGAAAUCCAGAGACUCGCCCUCUGUCCCUGUGGGGCUAGCGGGCUUUGUGACUGUGGUAGCCUAUGGGCUCUACAAGCUGAAAUACAGACGGAACCAGAAGGUGUCCAUCCAUCUUAUUCACAUGAGAGUCGCUGCCCAAGGAGUCGCUGUGGGAGCGCUGACUCUAGGUGUUCUCUAUUCGAUGUACAAGGAUUACAUUAGACCUCGACUCUUUGGCGUGACCAAAAAAUGAAGCUACUCUCUGGG